GAAGGAACAGUCGAUGACUGCUCCGCCCCUCUAGUGAGCAGGAAGGGGCGGGAGACGACCAAGUGAGUAAUACAUUAGCAGCGACGGCCCUUUAGGCGAGGCAGGACUCUGCUGCUGAGGCGAGCAAAGAGGCACCCAAUAUGGCCCCUGCUGCAGAGGCAGCUGUGGUAGCAGCAGAGGGCCGGAGGGUAGACGAGGAGGCCGAUGCCGGCCGGCUCUUGCUGCUAGUGAAAAAGGAGAAGGAGGAUGCGAUGGCAACCGUGGUCCGCAGCUGAGAAGAGGUGCUGUCGCCGCCGCCGCGAGCUUAGGACAAUUCCAAAGAUACUGUCUCCUGCAUAGACUUGCCCAUCUUCGGAGGAGGCCCUAUUAAUUGUUCUACAGCCUGCAGAGGUUCAUCUCAUGGCAACUUGGAAGAGAGCCUUCUCACAGUGUCCCCCAGCUUGUGGAAUAAACACCCCACUGAGAAAAGGCUGAUGCCAACUAUGGUUAUAUUUCACACUAUGUGCUGAUUGUCUGUACUUACAGAAGAUAUUUAAAAACAAAAUUUUCAAAAAAAAAAUUGAUUCCAGUGGAAUCUGUGCUUUAGAUUUUGUCUCGUGAAGUAACGCCUGAAGCAAUGCCUGUGCAAGCUCCACAAUGGACAGAUUUUCUUUCCUGCCCUAUUUGCACACAAACAUUCGACGAAACAAUUCGGAAACCCAUCAGCCUGGGCUGUGGCCACACAGUAUGCAAGAUGUGCCUGAACAAACUCCACCGGAAGGCAUGCCCCUUUGACCAGACCACUAUCAACACAGAUAUCGAACAUCUUCCUGUGAAUUCAGCCUUGCUGCAGCUUGUGGGUGCUCAGGUGCCAGAACAGCAGCCAAUAACUCUACGUAGUGGUGCUGAAGAUACCAAGCAUUAUGAGGAAGCCAAGAAAUGUGUAGAAGAACUAGCCUUGUACCUUAAACCACUCAGCAGUGCAAGAGGUGUGGGACUGAACAGCACCACUCAAAGUGUACUCAGUCGCCCUAUGCAAAGGAAGCUUGUGACACUGGUCCACUGCCAGCUAGUGGAGGAAGAAGGAAGGAUCAGGGCUAUGCGUGCAGCACGAUCACUGGGUGAAAGAACCGUCACAGAGCUCAUUCUUCAGCACCAGAACCCUCAGCAACUCUCUUCCAACCUUUGGGCUGCAGUGAGAGCCAGGGGCUGCCAAUUCCUUGGACCAGCAAUGCAGGAGGAAGCCCUCAAGUUAGUACUUUUGGCUCUGGAAGAUGGUUCUGCUUUGUCUCGGAAGGUCUUGGUUCUCUUUGUGGUACAGAGGUUGGAGCCACGAUUUCCUCAGGCUUCUAAAACAAGCAUUGGGCAUGUUGUCCAACUUCUAUACAGAGCCUCCUGUUUCAAGGUUACUAAACGUGAUGAGGAUUCAUCCCUGAUGCAGUUGAAAGAGGAGUUCCGAACCUAUGAAGCUCUGAGACGAGAACACGAUUCCCAGAUUGUGCAAAUUGCUAUGGAGGCUGGUUUGCGCAUUGCCCCAGAUCAGUGGUCUUCAUUGCUAUAUGGCGACCAGUCCCACAAAUCCCAUAUGCAGUCAAUUAUUGACAAGUUGCAGACCCCGGCCUCUUUUGCCCAGAGUGUUCAGGAACUAACAAUUGCUCUCCAGCGGACUGGUGACCCAGCGAAUCUGAACCGGCUUCGACCCCAUUUAGAACUCCUAGCAAAUAUUGAUCCUAGUCCAGAUGCCCCACCACCCACAUGGGAGCAGCUUGAGAAUGGACUGGUUGCUGUGCGGACUGUGGUACAUGGGCUGGUUGAUUACAUCCAAAAUCACAGCAAGAAAGGAACAGAUCAGCAACAGCCUCCUCAGCACAGCAAGUAUAAGACCUAUAUGUGCCGAGACAUGAAGCAGAGAGGAGGAUGCCCCCGUGGGGCCAGCUGCACCUUUGCACACUCACAGGAAGAACUAGAAAAAUUUCGUAAGAUGAACAAACGUCUGGUUCCUCGAAGACCCCUGAGUGCCUCUUUAGGCCAGCUGAAUGAAGUGGGUCUAUCGGCAGCAGCUAUCCUCUCAGAGGAAGGGACCAUGGACUUGCCCAGCAGAAAACAGUCUGCCUUGCCUAAUGGGAUUGUUUCAACGGGCAGUGCAGUGACACAACUUAUCUCUCGUGGAACUGACUCCAAUUAUGAUUCAGCUGUGAAGCCCGGGAAAAUUGAUCACCUUAGCAGCAGUGCCCCUGGAUCACCUCCUGACUUGCUGGAAUCUGUUCCCAAGAGUUCUCUAUCUGCCUUACCAGUGAACUCUCACCCAGUAGCCCCCCGAGGACCUGUAGACCUGCCUCCAAUAGCUGUUGGCAAGCAACUCCAAAUGGUACCACGAGGCUCCCAGUUGUAUUCAGCUCAACAAACAGAUGUGUUUUACCCAGAUCCUCGAGGAGCAGCUCCACCGUUUGAAUCUCCACCUUACCAACCAGGUGUGUAUUAUUCUGCAGCUCAGUCUUCACAGUGUAUGUCUCGAUUUGUCCGACCUCCUCCAUCUGUUCCUGAACCGGGUCCUCCUUAUUUAGAACAUUACCCGCCAUACCUCCAAGACCGCAUGGUGAAUUCUCAGUAUAGUGCACAGCCACAGCAAUACCCUUCUCUGGGACAGCCCAUAUAUCCUCCCCACUAUGACAGCCGGCGUGUGUACCCCCCUGCCCAGCCAUACCAGAGGGAAGAAAUUGUCCGAGGAAGUCCUGUGCCGAUUGAAAUUCCUCCACCAGCUGUAUCACCAUAUGUACCUGAAACAAGAGACAGAUACCCACAAAUUGAGGGCUACUAUCCAGUCGGGCCACAUCUGAGUCAGAUCAGACCUUCAUAUCACAGAGAGCCUUAUACCCGGCCUCCACCUCACUCGCAUCCCAGUCUAGAUGAAUUGCACCGACGACGAAAGGAGAUCAUGGCUCAGCUAGAGGAAAGGAAGGUCAUCUCCCCACCUCCUUUUGCUCCAUCACCAACUCUGCCACACACUUUGCACACUGAUGAGUAUAUGGAUGAAGAUCUGAAAGUAGCUGGCAAAUACAAAGGAAAUGAUUACAGCCAGUACUCUCCCUGGUCAUGUGACACCAUUGGCUCCUACAUUGGAACCAAAGAUGCAAAACCCAAAGACAUUGUUGCAGUGGGACUUGUCGAGAUGGUGAACAUAGAUAGCAAGGGGAUGCGAGACCAACGUUUGGAUUUGCAAAGGAGAGGAGCAGAGACUGGUGACGAUGAUCUUAUUCCAUUUGGAGAUCGACCUACUGUAUCAAGGUUUGGUGCCAUCUCACGUACGUCCAAAGCGAUGUAUCAGAACCCUGGUCCCAUGCAAGCCAUGACAGUUCAAGGGGCUUCUACAAAACCAGGCAACAUUUCAGAUUACAGCCCUUAUGAAACACACAGUGCAUGGGGAGCCUCACCAUAUUCACCGCAUCAAAACAUACCUCCUCAAGGACGCCUUAGUGACAGGGAGAGAUUGUCUAUGACGGAUGUGGCUGGCCAUGGGAAGCCUUUGCCUUCAUCUGAGAGGGAACAGCAGCUUCGGCUUGAACUGCAGCAACUAAACCAUCAGAUUAGCCAGCAGACACGAGGACUGGAGGCUGUUAGUAACAGGCUGCUGUUGCAGAGGGAGGCGACCCCCUUGGCAGGCCAACCACAGCCCCCACCGCCACCUCCUAAGUGGCCUGGAAUGAUCUCAAGUGAACAGCUGAGCUUGGAGCUGCACCAGGUGGAGAGGGAAAUCGGGAAGAGAACCCGGGAGCUGAGUAUGGAGAGCCAAUCUUCAUUGGAAGUGAAAAGCAAAGUGAGUGCCAGUAAGCAGACUGAAAAUGGACAGCAAAGCAAGGUACCAUCUGAGGAUCUUGCACUGACAUUCAGCAGUGAUGUUCCAAAUGGAUCAGCUCCAACCCAAGAAACCAUUGGCCUCCUCUCGAAAAAAACUGCAGCUCUGAGCUUGUCAGAGGAUACUGAAGGGGGAGGAAGUGACCAGGAUGCCCAGAGGACAGGAGCAACGCCCUCUUCUGCUCCCUGAAGGAACAAGAGCCUCUCUCCACUUCUGUCAGGGGGUCACCUUUCCCCUCAUUGAGAUAAUGGGAGACACUGAGCAAGAACUGCAACAAUGGCAGGUCCUGAGACAAUGUGCACAACACCACUACUAGAACAAACCCUGCACAUAGUUCACAUUAACACAUUUUUUAAUUAAAAAAAUGAAAAUUAGCAGUAUCUGCAAGCAACUCAGAUUAAAUUUGUUUUUGUUCUGUGAAUGAACUUUAUUUUAAUAACUUUGGAUGCCUUGAAUGCCAGGGCUUUAAAAGAAACAUAUUAUAUAUAUAAAUAUAUAUACACACACUCUGUUUGAUUAAUUGUAUGACCUUAAUGAGGUAGGUUUUCUCUUUUAUUUUGGUAUUAUUACAUACCCAGUGUAUAAUUCCUCUUUCCUCCUCCCUUCAGAAUAAGCUCACCACUGUUUUGUGUGAGUGAAAAAAAAAACAGGGAAUGAGACAGAGGAGGAAGCUCUAAAUUGCCUUGUCAGAAAAUGUGUAACAGAGUUUCUGAAAGUAAUUCUCUGUAACAGUGCUAGUUCCUUGCAAUUUACCAUCAUAUUUUUUCUAAAUGUGAUAACUUUUUAACUUUGAUUUGUGAAGCAUUUAUCAUCACCUCAGCAAUAACAAAACUAUCGUACAAAGAAAACCUCAGAGUGAAAAUGAUUUUUCCAUUUCUGAAGAGGCUAGAGGUAUCUGAUUCUUCAUUCAGUAUAAAUUGGCUAAUAUUUCAUUUAUCUUGGCACUCUCUAGAGGCAGCCAGUCUUCUCAAGUGUAGAGUAGCUUCAGAUGUGCUAGAGAUGGGUGUUAAAGAUGAGAAAUGCCGGCCUCUCUGCUUCUUUGUCAGGUCCAAAGCAGAACUUCUGUUAUUUUUUUGUAUUCUGAGGGACUGCAUAGUAUCCUAAUGCAUCUUCUGCAUCUGCCAAAGGUGAGAACUGCUAAAGCUCUACUAUGGGUGUAACGGAGAAGCAUGAAGACAGAAAAUGCAGGCACUUUUACUUCCUGUUCCCUCUGCCUCUUUCUUGCAUCCAAAGCUGCUCUUAGUUGUCACACACCUGCAUUGGAGAGGCAUGUUGACUCUCCUUGCCAUCUUCAGUCUCUGAAAGUCAGGGGUUUCUCUGAGACUCGCUUACAAGAUAAUAAAACUCCUCAGUUUUGCUUUCAGCAACUCUGUCUCAACAGCAACACCCUUCAGGAUAUACAUGGGAUAGAAACACUUGUUUCUGCAGAUGCCAUUACAUUUAAGACUGUCCUUAAAAUGCCACUAUGCAGACGGUAGUCCUACUCAUGCUGUGCAUAUUUUGACUUCCUCCUCUUUCCCUCCGACGUAUAUGUGGGUAGACAAGCCUGCUUCUCCCAUAUGGAUUAGACUACUAUAAAUCACAGAAAGCACUGGUUAUGUAAUAAGCUGAAGCAUUGCUUUGGUUGGGUAAAAGCAGAAGUUUAUAAAUCUUGUUUUAAGUUGUUUUUCUUCCCUUACCCUUUUGAGGUCAUAGCAAACUUCAGUUAUUUUGCAUCUGUCUUACUGUUAUAUAAAACAUAAUGGUGGGGAUACAGGCCCCCUGUUGCCUACCAGUAGGAGAGUCUAAGCAGAAGACUCUGUUGAGUAGUGAUUAUUUAAUUUGCCCAGUCAAGGCACCGCAUUUAUAUACUAUUUCACAUUGAAUUUGAUUAUGCCCUACAGACCUGGCUGGCCAAAAAAAUUGAUAAAUGUAUUGGCUUGGGAUUCGAGCAUUCAUUUUUUUAUUUAAAUAAAUAUAUAUAUAUAUAUAUGUAUGUAUGUAUCUAUAUAUACACACAUAUAUGUAAUUAUAUCUGUAUAUAUAUUGGGUAUGUUUUAAGAAUUUUUUCACAUGAGCGCAGCUGUUAUAAAACAUCUGGGAGGUAGAGGCACUGAAAAAAUAAAGGGCAUUUUAACUUUCAUCUUCCCUUUCUCAUAAAUUCACAUACCACUCUAACCCAAGAAAUGUUUCUUGUUCUUUCACACCACCUUUCUCUCCCCAUCCCCACCCAACCUCCCCACUUUCCAUUGAAGUCUGGAUAGAAAUAGUUCUUAAGAGAAUUGCUUACUUGAGAGAGCCCUUCACACCUUUACAAUUUUCCUGAUGAGGGAAACCGAGAGAGGAAUGAAAUAAGUAAGCACUAAACUACCUUUGCUUGUAAAGACAAUUAUUAUUAUCAUUUCUCAUGACACAGGAACUCUUUUCAGCUAACCGGGUCCAUUAUUCCUAAUCUAAAGGGCCUAGCCCAGAAUACAGCUGUCUCAUUUUUGUUUACAAGAAAAAAAAGUUUAGUCAACCUGGGACAUAUAUUAUGCAGCUCUCUCUUACAAAGAUCUUCCCCUCCAAUAAGAGUCUAGUUUGGAGAAAGAAAAAAUUGCUUUCUGUUAGGUGUACCAAGGAGCUUAAUUUCCUGUACAAGAAGUUUUCUGACUGCAUUUCAUUGUGCAUACAGUGAGUAUAUGUAAAAGGCAGGGUGGAGAACCUUUAGCCCAUGAACUAAUCUUGGCUUGCUAGAGGUUCCAGUUUGGUCUGUAAGGCCAUAUUUCAUAAACCACCCCCGUCUAGCCAUCAGGUGACUUCAUCUGAUGGUCAGGGGGAUUCAAUCCCUUCAGAAAGCAGGAUUGAAACCCCCACCCAUGAGCUGAUGGGCAGGUAGUUCAAUCCUACUAAGUUCAAGUGCAUAAGAGAGUACCCCACAAGGAACUCUUAUCACUCACCUGAAGCCUGCAGAAAGUAAGACUGAACUCCCUGUGCAUCAGCUGAUGAGCGGGAUCACCCAUCUGCCAAUUACCUGGUAUCAUCCUUAUGUCAGACUACCCACCUGUCAAAGUUGGCCCAUGGGGUGAGGUGGGGGACAUAAAGAUCUAGCCCACCAGGCCAAAAAGGUUCCCCACCCGAUACAGGGGAGUGGGAUCAUGGUGGCAAGCCCAGCCACCUUACAUUCACUAGUCUGUCUAAACUGUUCCUCUGCAUGUACAAACUAUGUGCCUAGAUUUUUAUGCAUGCUUAGGGACAUUGCAAAAAGUAGUUUGUACAUGUGCCUAAUCUGUUUGCCAUGUGUGCCAUGGGCAGAAAAACAGAAAAUGUCAUUGCUGAUCCUGUUUGAAAAGUUUCUGCUAUAAAGGUACAUGCUCUCAAUGUGAGCUUACAAGGCAGUCCUCUUAAUAUUUGUCUCACCACCACCUGGAGCUGCACUUUGUGCAGUGUCCUGUCUAGGUUAUUGUCCUGUUUGCACAAGGAAAUCGUUUUGUUUAAUCUCCUCAAACCACAUUGAUCUUGGCUUAGUUUCCUAUUUCCCUCAUUUUUGUGUGUGAAAUUUAAUCAACAAAUGUGAACACAUAAGGAAUUAGGAAAAGGCUCUGAGUUUUUCAGUGACUGUUUGGUGAAAUGUACUGAAUAGAAGAAUCUGUAGUUCAGGAGUGGGAAACCUUUGGCACUCCAAAUGUUCCUGGACUCUAGAUCUAGCAAUCGGGGUCAGGGAUUAUGGGAGUUGCAAUACUGCAACAUCUGGAGGGCCAAAGGUUCCUAACAUCUGUUGUAGUUGAUCUACUUUGGCCUUUUAUAAUCUAAUUUUCCUGGGGUCCUUAUACUGGGAACUUUUAAUGCCAUGUAAGGUAAAGGGCUGGGUGGGGGCAAUCCUUCUCUAGCAAGGAGAUUGAGUAAUUAUUGAAACCUGAGAAAUAGCAGCUGUAUGAUAAUUCCAGUGGCUCUCAAAAAAGCCCUUUUCAGAAUCUUGAGUUACAAGUACAUAAACUUGGAGAGAAAAGUCCGCUGGCAUUCCCCUUGCAUCAAUUUUUUCUUGCAUAUAGUUUCUAUCAGGUUUCUUAGAAAUAUCACAACACAGUGGGCUUUUGAAACCAUCCAAUGGGAUCCAGAAUCUGCUAGCUUUGACACCAGCUUCCAGAUCCUGUACCUUUGUACUCAAGAUGCCUCAUUACAGUUAGGAAACAGGAAAACAGUCAUAUACAUAGAUACACAUACAUCACCAUCAUAGAUGAACCAUACAGGAGCAUCCUUCAUAUAUGCUGUGCUUGAGUGUCUGACAUAUUUUUCUCUGAUAUGUUUAGCAUAAAAUUUUCAUAGCUGUGAUUAGUGAACUCUUCCGUAGAUUACCACUUUCUUUUCACUAAGUGAUAAUGGAUUCUAAUUUUUAUUUUUUAUUUAAUCUCCUGUUCCCUUUAGUCCUUGUUAGAGCAUUAUAGUCAUUUGUUGCCCUUUAUACUUUGGUGGUAUGACAUCAGAUAGUCGGCUUAGUAAUGUGUACUCACUGAAACACUCCUUGAUAAAUAGAACAAAAUUCAAUCCUAUGGAAGAUUUAUGAAGGAUUUACAGGUAAUACUUUUAAAAGUUUAACUGAGGAUCAGAAUAAUAUUAAAGAAACUCAUUCAGUGUAUGAACAAAUGUAAUUCUUAUUGCCCUAGAAUAAUUUAAGUACGUUCUUACUCUUUCAGGUUAACUUUUUGCAGUAUCCAUUCUAAUUUAGCUAUUCUGGCUCCUUCUGCUUCUUGUUUUUUCAUUUCCCUCCAUCACCCUCCCUGAUCAUGCACCAAUUGAAAGCUUGCUGCCUCAAAACAGAGCAUUCAGAUGAAUUCGCUUAGCCAAUAACUUCUGUGAAGUUGCCUUUUCUAAUGGUGUUAUUACUCAGUGAUGCACAAAUGUGGUAUUGUCCCUACUGGUAGGCAAAUGAGGGGGGUCUGUAUAAAUGUGGGAAAUACCCCCCUCUUUUUUGUUCAAGGAGAGCCAAAGACUUGUGCUUUACUCUUGAUUUGGAGGGGGGGCGCGUUAUUUUAUUCAUUUUACUGGGUUAGCCAGUUUGGAUUUAACAUUGUUUUAUGUUUUCAGCUCUUAACACUGGUAAACAUAUGUAAACGCUCAUGACUGUUGAGCCUUACAAAAAUACAUUCAGUGAUGGUGAAUUAUUAGCACAUUUCAGAAGUGGUAUGUUUAAGCCUCAUUAAAUUUGCAGCCAUUUAUAGCUCCCCUUUUCUAUUUUUUUAAAUGCUUGAACAAUCUCCCAUCAUGGUUCAAUUUGCAAUUUGCAAAAAAAGGCUUAUUAAAAAGCUAUUGUUUACUGUCAUUGUUCCUGCUUCAAGUUUUCUAUUGAACGCUAGUAAAAGUAAAUAUAAGGAAGCUUGAAGAAUUUGAAUGGAAGUAGCACCAGAUGUAAUGAAAAGCAGAAGUAAAUGCAUGGAGACACACUGCUCAUGCUGUUUGUGCAGGUAGAUCUGUGGUACUUGGCUACAGAAAGUAUAUUGCAUUCUGUCCUGGAAAUAUGACACAUUACAUCCUUUUUCUGCAUAUCCAAACUAUAUAGAACCCUCUCUCAUUAGUCAAAGAUUAAUACAUGAAUUCAUAAAGGCAAUAAUAUAUAACCAAAAAUCACUUGGUUUCAUAUUUCCACUAAAGCAGGCAUUGGCUUCUUUAAAGUAAACAGCCCCAAGGAGGUUACUCUUCAGUUGUUUUCCCUAAUUUCAUCAAUACGUUCAUAGUGUAAAUUACAUGAUGGUCUACAAGUUUGUAAAUCUUUCUCUCUAUGGAAGGAAACUUUUUUCCAGAGCUAGGUUUGCCAGGCUGUACUCUUGAAAUCCUACCUGUUUCUUUAAAAGAUCUGGAAGGAGCAGAAGAAAAUAUACCACAAACACAUUUCCCAUCCUUAUUCCAUCAUCCACUCUCACACCCUAUUUGUUACAAUCAGGACUCCAGUUUUAUCUUAUACUACAUGGAGGUAGAUGGUAGACAAGUAUACCAGUGGGAGAACUGGAUGGAAAGCCUGCAAAUUGCAUUCUCUCCCCUUGCCUCAAAAUAUUUAAAGGGGCAGACAGAACUUCCCAAUUGGAGUCUGACAACCCUAGAUAUUUACUUCGUCCAGUCUGUGUUGUCAAAGUCAACAGUUUACAUUAUUAGUAUGAAUGAGAAUUUUAAAAGAAAGCUUCAGUGGUAUUGGUUGAUUAAAGUCAAUAUUUGACUUUAUAUUCUAAAUCAAGCCCCCAUAGUGGCCUGCUCCAGAAAGAAUAUGACAAUGGCCUCAUUAAGACAUAGUGCUAAAACAUGUUUUUAGCAUUACAACAAGCCUGUGUUAGUCUUUGCAUGCUCCUUGGAACAGCUGCAAGGAGGGGUUCAGAAUAUUUUGUUUGUUUUAGAUUAACUACAGCUUGCCAUGUGGUCUGUACCAGGAGAAAAUGCUCAACUUCUUUUUUUAGACAAGCCAGCUUCAAACCAUAGAUUAACUACAUUUUUUUUUUGCUUGGGCAAUAUGGUAAACUCUGGCUAAUCUAAACUGGAAACAGAAGCUUUCAAGCUCCUUCUGGCAACCACUUUGGAGGAGGGGAUGAGUGCACAAGUCCAAGGUUCAUAGAAGCUCAUUCUUGUAAUUCUAAGCAUCAUGUCCAAAUAUAGUGAACCAGUUCACACAUCGCAUUAAAUCAUUGUGUAAAACAAAUUAUGGUUUCAUGUGAAUAGUGAGUAUGCUGGUGCAUGCUGCUCCAAAGCUCUGUCACCAAACUGCAGAUGAAACAAGCCAAAAUCUGGCUUGUCAUGUUGCCUGAACCAGGGCUUGUGUUUUUUCCCCUCCAAACAAACCAUGAGUGGUGACCAACAUUUGUUCUUGGCUUGCUGCUCGUACUGUGUUCAGAGAAAACAAACUUCAAGCUUGGGUUUUAGACAACAUGACAAGCCAGUAGAAACAUUUGAGGAGUAUGCUGCUCAUUCACAUGAAACCAUAGCCAGCUUUAUACUAUUAUUUAAUAGUAUAAAAUUAAGCCAAUUAAAUGUUGGUACAGAAUUCCCCAUUUCCACUUCUUUACUCCCCCUCAAUAUGGCACAUACCACAAAGGACGAUUUUACAGUUCACAGUGUUCACUCUCUCUCUCUCUCUCUCUCUCUCUCACACACACACACACACACACACACACACACUCACACACUGAUUGAUUAAACUAUAAAUUGCAUGAGAUUAAAUAUGUCCCUGCUUCACCAAAUGGUUUCUGAUGUAACUGCUCUUUACAGAACAUGAAUAGAGACUAACUAUAUCUUUUGUAGGGUGCAGAAUGCCAUUUUCCCCCCAGAAAGGGAAUCCACAAAGCACUACAAAAAUACUUCUUCAACUUCACCAUCUCCCUGGUGCGUGAGUUGAUCACAGGUUGUUUGUAAUUUGCUUCUAUUGACAAGCAGCAGAUAUUCAGUUCUGGGGGAAGACAAUCCACCAUUUUCAGGAACAGUUGUCCAAUAUUCAUCAAAGUAAUAAUUUUUAAACACCCCAAAUUAUUUCCUUUUUCACUGAAUCAACCCAGAGACAGUUCUGUAGUUAUCAAAACUGUAGCUUAUUAGGGACAUAUUAAUGAUGUCCAAAGUAAAACAGGAAAAUUGCCCCUUCACUGCUUCAGUGGGAUUCCUGUGGUAAACAUGUCUGGAAUGGUCAGUGUUUUAAUGAAUUACUAUGGCUGAAAUUGUUUUUUUAUUUCUCUGAGCUACUGCAAUAAGGGUCUGGUUUUGAAAGGCAGUGAUUACUUUCAGCUUUCAUUAUGAUGAUAUCUUAAAAGUUCAGUAAUAGCUACAAUUACCAUCUGACUGGAUUGCUUCAGUUCUGAUAUCUAACAUUAGUUGCCUAUACCUAAAUAACUUACAUAUUUAUAGCCAGAUGAUGCUUUUUUUCCCCCCACAUACAAAAAAGUGUUUCAUUUUGGAGCCAACAGUUUGGGAUUUUUUUUUACCAAAAGAAAAACUAUAAAGCUUAAAUACAGUCUCUCUCUGUCUCAAAAUUAAAAGUAUUAGAUAUGCUGAUGUUACAUGUAUACAUAUCUUUUAUAAAAACAAAAUCCUGUGGAGUAUUUGGUGUUUGCUAUAAACAAAAUUUGUUUGCUUCUGUGUAUGUUAAAGUGACUUUGGGCACAAUUUGUAAGUGGGAAUAUCUUCGUACACAAGUCACAUUGAAUACAUGGGAUAUGUGCAAGAAGACCACCUCUGUGCCCUCUUGUCAUUAAUGUUAGUUUGUUGUGGCAGACAAUACUCACAAGUCUUUGGCAUCCAAAACCAGGUUGUGUAACUGGAUCAGAAUCCCUCAACUGGAUUUGCAUAGGGAGAGCCUUCCAACUGAGCAUUAGAUAAAGGUAGCUAGGGGUAGGGAACAAGACUGGCAGUCCCACUUAUUUUGCCAGCUGUCUACAGAGCUGAGUUUCAAGCUCUGUACAGAUGCAUAAAUUGAUUCUCUGCUGCCUAUUGUGAGUUUACAAUUGCCUUACAGUCUCUGCUUGCUAUGUAAGCAGCCUCUUUGCUAACCAUGGACCCCUUUCCUUGAAGGCGACUUUAUCAGCAGCAUGGUGGCAUUUUAAAACUAGUUUUGAAGGACCUGCAGUCAAUAAUCUAGAUUUUGCUCCUUAUUUUUCUUCAUCAAACCUGCCUCGCUCUCAAAUUCCCCUGACCACUUCCAGUUGUGGGAUUUCUCUAAACGUGUGUGCAUCCUUUAUGGUUGUGUGCGGGGGGGGAGGGGGUGUUAAGCCAAGUUUCCUUUGGUCUUUUUAGGAUUGUACCAAUCUCCCCGAGACAUUCUUAAGUCAUUAUCACCUUUUUGGGUGGAGUUCAUUUUUUAAUAACUUUUUUGACAUUUUGGUGCAUAUAUGCUUGGGAUAGAGCUCAUGUAAUUUACCAAUCGUAUUGAUUGUAUGUGAUUGUGCCCUGCAGAGGUAUAUUUAACAAAAAUAAAAAAUAAAAAAUUAGUCUAGGAUGAUGCUGAUGAUAAUAAAGAAGACUCCAAGACAUUGAA